AUGCAUGUUAAUGCACAAACUGAGUAUGACGAUGAAUCUUUAACAGAUAGCAGUCAUUUAAUGUACUCUAUACACACAAAUGAGUCAGAAUCAGAUAAUUCGUCACGAAGAUAUGAAUGUGAGCAUGAAGCUCCAAUCAUGCCAGCUCAUGAUGAGACCUAUAUCGCCCCAUUAAAACUAAUAUAG